AGAGUUGCACCCGGGACACCCGUCAACUUUUCUGAAACAUUCCGAUAAGUGUCCGACGUCCUACCAUGCCUGGACUGUAACUCACUUUGGAUCGCCGGUCUGUUUUCUUGUGCUCCUGAGUCAUGGCUCCAUUUGGAAAAAACUUCCUUAAAGCCCGACUGAAAAACAGGACAAAAGAUGCAGAGCCUGUGGUAGGAAAGGAGAUCCAAGUUACUGUCUGCAAUGAAGAGAAGGUUGUCUGUGGAGUAACAAAGCAUACGACAUGUGCAGAUAUGAUUCAGGCAUUACUGGACGAUCACAAGUCAAUCCCAGAGAGCAAGCGGCUACUGCAUGGAGAACCCAAAGACUUCUGUCUCGUUGAACGGUGGAAGGGUUUCGAGAGAGCUUUGCCACCUCUUACCAGAAUACUAAGACUGUGGUAUGCUUGGGGUGAUCAGAGGCCCUUCGUACAGUUUAUUCUAGUUAAAACCAGUGAUUUCGUGCCUCAGCCUGCUAAGAAAGGUGGAAAGUCCAAAGGGGCCAAGCUGAAGCGAUGUGAGCAUGGUCGUGCUCAGUAUUCCCAGUCUCUGCCAGCGGAAAAACAAAAGCGCAUGGUAAAAAAAGCUUUCCGAAAGCUGGAGAAACUUCAUAUGGAGAGCAAAAGCUCCCCAGGUGCUGAGGAGAUCGACCAGAUGGUGCAACUUAUUCUCAACCAGGACCACACAAUUAGAGAGCAGAUCCAGCGGAUAAGAGAGCUAGAUUCGGAGAUUGAGCGGAUUGAGCUGCAAGUCCAGCAAGAAACCAAGUUGGAGAGUUCCUUGGCUCAGGCCUGCAGUCCAAAUUCCAAGGCACACAUUGAGGAGCAGCUAGAGGAAUACUUGUACACCAGCGAUGGGGUUGUACAGCUGGACAUGGAGGUUCAGAGGCACCAGGAACUCAUCCUCCAGUUGUCCCAUGAAAUUGAUGCUGAGCUUAGGAUGGCCACCCUCGCUCUGGCUCAAGAUGAAGACCAGGAAGGAAUGGCCGCUGGUUCCUGGAUCCCCGCUGACACAGACGAAGCAUUUUAUACUGCUGAAAUCGAGAGGCUGCAGGGCGAACUGAAUCACAGCCUCUUCACCGGUGUUUCCAUUCACAACCAAGCUGCUGAAAUAGACAAGCAGAUAAAGUACUUUGACAAUACACUGGUUUCUAAAGAUCAAGAGUGCUGGCAGUUAGCCGCCCAGCUGAGCUCAUUGCAAAUCACGGACAGCACAGAGGAGGAGCAGCCCAUAACAGUCCAAGGGAAAAGUGAGACCCAGUGCGGCAUUUCUCAGACAGUGAAACUCAAACACACCCUGUCCCCUCUAGACAUUACAGACACAGACUCAGACACUGGGAUUAGCUCCACACACAGUCAAGACUCUCUGUCACCGUGUCUCGAUUUUCCUCCCCCGCUGGACACAGACGUUUGAAGAACCCAGUUCACUCAGCAAUGUGUUGUUCUUCAGUCACCAGCCGCAGUUUUUUACUCCCCACAUGUGCUCUUUGUUUCAUGCUCUGUGCUUGCAAAAUUGGCAAAAAGACGCAUUUUCUGCAAUUUUUAGUGUCUCUGGAACUUUGUUGCAUCGUCAUCACACCAUGCCAAAAAGAAGAAUGUAAGAAAUGUCAACUUGGGUUGCAAGAUGCAAAACAUAUCCUUGUUUGAUAUGAAUAAUUUUCUCAGGUAUCAAAGUAACAGAUGGUUAGGUAUCAGUGUAACAUGAUAUAAUACAUGCAAGACACUAACUGAGGCUGUGCGUGCACUACUUAUAAUCCUACAUUAUUGAUAGAAAGUUUUCCCAUUUUUAAUUGCCAACAGAGAUGCAAAGACCAAUUUUUAGAUGUUUAGUUUUGUCACUUUAGAUGAUAGUAACUAAGCUUUUUGCUUUUUGUAAAGUUCUCAAGCUAUUUAUUAAGUUGCACUUCUUACACACUUAAGGCUAUUAACAAUGUUUUAUAUUAAAACAAAAAGAUAAUAGUUUUGAUGUACUAUUUGUUAAAAAAAAUACUUUAAACACUGUUCUUGACUAUUCUGUAAAUACAAACCUACUUCACCCUAUUUCAAAUGAUAAUUGCCCCUUCUUGAUAUAUCAUUAUUUAACUGUGAUUAGAUGACAUCUUUCAGUCUAGAAAGGGCUACAAAGUCAUUUCUAAGGCUUUCAUGAUUCAACACUAAGAAAGAGACUAGAUAAAAAUGGCAUCCAUGGCAGAGUUCCAAGGUGAAAAUCACUGCUGACCAAAAACAACACAAAACCUCGUGUCACAUCUACCAAAAACAUCUUGAUUCCCGAAUAUUCUGUGGAUUGAUUAGACAAAAGCAGAACUUUCUGAAAAGUUUGCAUCCUGUUACACCUGACGUAAAAGGUAGCACAGCAUUUCAUAAGGAAAACAUCAUACCAACAGUCAAACACAGUGGUGGUAGUGUGAUGGUCUAGGGCUGCUUUCCUGCGUCAAGGCCUUGGCAACUCUCUACCAAACAGACUCUAUCCUGGCAGACAGUCACCUGUCAUCACCUGAAACUCAAGUGCACUGAGGUUAUGCAGCAGGACAAUGAUCCAAAGUACACCACUGAAUUGCUUAAAUACACACACUGAGCAAUGAGCUCACAAGGAGUCCAAACUGAAAUCUAAUUGAGAUGUUUUGGCAUAACAUCUCAAUUAGUUCAUGCUCAAAAAUAUUCCAGUGGGGCUUAAUUAAAACAAUUCUGCAAAGAAGACUAGAACAAAGUUCCUCCACAGUGAUGUGAAAGACUCAUUGCCAGUUGUUGCUAAUGUGUAAUUGCAGUCCAUGCUGCUAAGAUUGACACAGCCAGUUAUUGGGUUUAGGGGUUUAGUUUUUCACACAAGACCUUGUUGCAUUUAGUUAGUUUACCUUAAUAGAUGAAAUCAUCAUUUAAAAAGUGCAUUUUGUAUUUACCCGGGUUAUCUUUGUCUAAUGUUUAAAACAGUGUGACAAAUAUGCAGAAAUAUAAGAUAUCAGGAAGGAGGCAAAUACCUUUUCACAGCACCUUAUGCUCCUGCAAGUAGUAUAAGUAAUUACUGAGAAAGGCACAAUUUUAAAAGAAAAGCUUAUUUAUUUACUGUAGUUACCAAACUACCAGUUACCAAAAUUUUGGGACAUUGUGUAAAAUUCAAGUAAAAGUAAAAUGCAAUGGGUUCAUGAGAUCUGAAAAUCUUGUAAACCCGUUUUGCUCACAAACAUUUCAAACAUUUUAAUAUUUUAUGAAAAUAUUAUCUCAUUUUGAAUUUGGUGACAGCAGCACGUCUCAGAAAAGUUGGUGAAGGGCAAACGAAAUUCAAGUUACAACAAUUUCUGGUACAUAAAUAGCUGGUGGGACAUUUUUCAGAUAAUUUGGCAACAGGUCAGUAAGAUGACACGGUCUGAAAACACGGGAAGCCAAAAAUAUGACAAAGAAGACAAAGAAUCUUAUAUCAAAUAAGAAUGGGACAACAUUCCUCUCCCACGAGUCCAGCAACCGUUCUCCUGAGUUCCCACAUGUUUACAGACUUAGGGGAAGCUACACAGCAUAAACAUGGCUCUCUUCCAACUUUUUUGUCAUGCAGAGAUGUGUUGCUGCAGUCAAUUUCAAAAUGA